CCCCCACCGCCACGCCGCUGGAACGGUCCAACCCCACUCGGCAACUGCAACUGCAACUGCCUCGAUUGAAAUCUCCUUCUCCCCUCCAUCUCGCCGCCAGUUCGGUCGCACCGCACCGCACCGCAGUCGUCUUCUUCCCUUCCCCCCCACCCCCAAAGCCACCGCCUCCCUUCCCUUCCUUCCUUCUCCGCCUCCUCCACCCCGGCUCCACCUCCAUCCCGCCGCCACCGCACCACGGGACUGGCUGACACGACUACCCCAUUCCACCUCCGCCACCAGCAGGGCGGGCGGCUUCGAGGGAGGGACGACGCGAGGCGGGCCGGGGACCUCCGGCGAUCCGCUGCCGCACCCCGCAGGCAUUUCCGACGCGGCCGGGCGACAUGUUGGGGGAGCUCCUCUCCAAGAUCCUGCUGCUCCUGUUCGGCUACGCCAUGCCGGCGUUCGAGUGCUUCAAGACGGUCGAGACGCGCCCCAACGACGCUCACAUGCUCCGCUUCUGGUGCCAGUACUGGAUUAUCGUGGCCAUGGUGAUAGCUGUUGAGAGCGUGAUCUCUUGGAUGCCAAUGUAUUCAGAAAUGAAGCUAGCUUUCUUUGUCUACCUGUGGUACCCCAAAACUAAGGGAAGUGAUGUUGUAUAUGACACCUUUCUUCGCCCCAUAGUUAUGCAAUAUGAACCGAACAUCGAGCAGAGAUUGCUCCAUCUUAGGGCGAAAUCUGGGCAGCUAAUUUCCUUCUACAUGAAGAAUUUUGCGGAUAAAGGAACAGCCUUCUUCAUGGAUGUCCUCCGUUAUGUUAUAUCUGAGAAACCUGAAGGAUCCAAUGCAGAGCUAAGGAACAAGAAGUCCGGCUGGAGCCCCUUCGCGACCAAGCGCCGGCCACCAUCGCCGCCGCCGGAGCCCCUCUUCGACAGCAACCCGGACGCCGCUUUGCUGGCCGAGGCCCUGCGCGGCGCCAUCGGCGCCAAACCCCGCCGAGGGUCCAACGACAAGCAUUACUAGAGGGAGUUGCGACACUCUUACAGCAGCGACUUUAGGGAUGAUGAUUGUUUGUACAUAGAAUGAAUGAACCAAUCAAAGAAAGGCAGAGGGGAAAAAAAAGGGAUAGUACAUAUAGCAAAAUCCAGCAAUACAUUCACAAUUGUGAAGAACACAUGGAUUUGUAUCAAGUAUGGUUCAAGUGAAUGUGAUAUGAUAGAAGAAAUGGUUAGUUUUUUUU